AUGAAGGGAUUAACAGCAUCGCCGUACCAGACAUGUAUAGAUGCUUUGACGAUCACUAACGUGUGCUGGAUGCCUUAUGGUGACCACCGAGGAGUUAGGGCGUUUGACCUCAUUUCAUGCUUCCAGGGUCAGCUUAGAUGGGGUCUUAUUGUGGUCACACUUCGACCAAAGAGGAUGGUGCGACAAUUCGGCUACAUUCAGACCAUCCCUCCACCGCCUAUUAGUGCCACCUUGUCAUAUAAGGAUAUCAAUGACAGGUGGAUGCCCUACUCGGACCAUUUAGCAGUUGCAGGUGAUCAGCCCAGACAUCCACCUAUCCCACAACAUGAGGCAUACCUGGAGCAAGAUAUCUCAGAGGUCCCAGUGGCAGUAGAAGGUGGACCGUCACAGGAUGCUUGUGAAGCGAUCGCAGAAAGGUUGGAGCGUGUGCUCAACCUAAGGAUGGUCACUGAAGGCACAAAGUUACAUGAGAUCAUGGAAGAUUGCCGCAGGAUCACUAAGGGUGUCACCUCAGAUGGAAAUGUGUAUGUUAGGGCGCGAUGA